AUGCCUCGACAACUCGCCCCCGUCUACAUCCUUGGUGUAGGCAUGACCAAGUUCAUCAAGCCUCGCGGCAAUGUCGACUACACCGAGCUCGGCUUCGAGGCCGGCGUCAAGGCCAUGCUCGACGCCCAGAUCAACUACGACGAUGUCGACCAGGGCGUCGCCUGCUACUGCUACGGCGACUCUACCUGCGGCCAGCGCGUCUUCUACCAGUUCGGCAUGACCAAGGUGCCCAUCUACAACGUUAACAACAACUGCGCCACCGGCAGCACCGGCCUCGCCAUGGGCCGCACCUUUGUCGCCUCGGGCGCCGCCGACUGCGUCCUCGUCGUCGGCUUCGAGAAGAUGAUGGCCGGCUCGCUCCAGUCCUUCUUCAACGACCGUGAGAACCCUCUCGGCACCACUGUCAACAUGAUGGUCGAGACCCGCGGCUUCGAGCCCGCCCCCGGCGCGCCCCAGAUGUUCGGCAACGGCGGCCGCGAGUACAAGGAGAAGUUUGGCGCCACCAACGAGGACUUUGCCGAGAUUGCGCGCGUCAACCACGCGCACUCCCCCAACAACCCCUACUCGCAGUUCCAGCAGGUCUACACCACCGAGCAGAUCCUCAAGUCGCCCACCAUCUUCGACCCCCUGACCAAGCUGCAGUGCUGCCCCACCUCGGACGGCGGCGCCGCGGCCGUGCUCGUCUCCCAGGAGUUCCUCGACGCCCGCCCGCACCUUAAGUCGCAGGCCGUGCUCAUCGCCGGUCAGUGCCUCGCCACCGACGCGCCCUCGCUCUUCUCCAAGAGCUCCAUCGACCUGCUCGGCUACGAGAUGACGCAGCACGCGACCGCCGUCGCCUUCAAGCAGGCCGGUAUCACCGCUGAGGACGUCAAGGUCGUCGAGCUGCACGACUGCUUCUCCGCCAACGAGAUGCUCGUCCUCGACGCGCUCGGCCUCUGCGAGCACGGCAAGGCCCACGAGAUGGUCCGCAAGGGCGACAUCACCUACGGCGGCAAGUACCUGGUCAACCCCUCGGGAGGCCUCAUCUCCAAGGGCCACCCGCUCGGCGCCACGGGCAUCGCCCAGGCCGCCGAGCUCGUCUGGCACCUCCGCGGCUGGGCCAACAACCGCGAGGUCGCCGGCACCAAGUACACCCUGCAGCACAACCUGGGCCUCGGCGGCGCCGUCGUGGUCAGCGUGCUGGCGCGCGCGGACGGCAAGGUCGCGCCCAAGCUGACCAACGAGGAGGUCGGCAAGAUCAACAAGCUCGGCUACAACCCGGCCGUCGAGGCCAAGGGCUUCACGGCCGCUCAGGCCACCUCGGUCCGCUCCAAGAAGCACUCGAGCGCGUGGGCGCUGCAGGACACCGAGGAGAAGGUCACUGCCAACUUUUAA